AUGGAGGGCAGCAACGGUCGGGAGAAUGUGUCAGACUUAACUCGGGGAGCGGGAAACUCUCCCGUUACACGAAUGAACCCCGCAUCGGGAGCCCAGCGUCCUCUUCCCCGGCCCAAUGGAACUGCCAGCGCCCCCAAGAACCAGGUGGUGACCCCAGAGAUGUGCUGCUACUGCUUCGAUGUCCUCUACCGUCACCUCCAUGGCUUCCCUCAGCGUCGACCGCCUGGAUUCCCCGAUGAGCCCUAUCCGCUCUUCGACCGCCGGUUCCCGCCCCUGACCCCAGAGGAGCUGCCGCCCCUUUCCUGCUCCGUCUCCCUCCUGACCAACUUUGAGGAAGCCAGGGGUUAUCUGGACUGGGAGGUAGGCGUCCAUGGGAUUCUGAUUGAGUUCAGCCACGAAAACGGUGUCAGAGGGGCGGCCACAUACUUACCGGAGGUCGCUGAGGAGCAAGGCUGGGAUCAGACCCAGGCAAUCGACGCCUUGCUCCGGAAAGGUGGCUUUCAGGCCCCAAUCACCAGGGAGUUCAGAGAAACGCUCAGGCUCACCAGGUACCGCAGUGAGAAGGUCACAGUCAGUUACGCAGAAUAUGUUGCUUCUCGACAGCACCGUCUCCAGAAUGGCCCUCUUCCUGCCCCAACCCUCUGCAGUCACUGCUCCGGACACACGGCUGCGAGAGGUUCACCCACGCGUCCACGCUGCGCGGCCACGCGGGUCCACACCCAGGAGAGGCCGUUCCAGUGCGACGUCUGCCCCAAGAGCUUCAGCCACCGAGGGAACCUCAACGUCCACAUGCGCACCCACACGGGCCUGAAGCCCUACCGGUGUCCCCAGUGCGACGGGGCCUUCCGCCAGCUGGGCACGUUCCAACGCCACCGAAGGACCUGCCAAGGAGCGCCCCUGGGGCUCCGGGUCCCUGCUGACCCAGGAGGAAAGGACGGGUCCCCUCUGGUGCAGGAAUGGCCUAUGAGCCCUUAG